UAAAUGCUCCAGUUACAACAAGGACAUUUUCAUUUGUUCUUGAAAAGCUGGCUUUCAUCACACUUUGUUAUUUGGUUGUUUCGGGGGCCUGGAGGCCCUCAGUGGCUCCUCUGCACUUUAAGCAGCUUAUCUAUGCUUAUGUCUUUGGCUGGCUCUGUGCCCACAUCACACACUUAAACAAAACCAUUACAAUGUCCCAUGUGACUGGUCCUGUUUCUGUUGGAGUUGUCAAAUUUCUGCCCUCCUGGCUGUUCUCAGGACAGCCACCCUGACGGAAACUGAGAGUAUGAGCAGCUUCUAGUCUCUUAAUUGUGUUCACUGAGCUGCAAGACUCUCCACUCAGCAAACAACAGUUGGUCACUAUCAGCAGAUGGUCUCUCUGCCACAGUGGGUGUUCAUAAUUAUUUCUCAUGGGAGGGUAUGGUUGCCUCAGCUGUACCUGUGCAGGGACUGUUUUUAAUAUAAAGGAGAUGGAAUGGAUUGAAUUUGACAGAGAAGGUUGAUUUAAAUGUUUUGCAUGUGCUGACAGGAUGAAUGUAAAGUGUUUACUGCUUGAACUUUUUUUUUCUUCUCCAGAGAAGAAAAGUAGGAAUGUUUCAAAUGACUGUUACAGAUUUGGCUUUGUUUAAAGUCAGAGGCGAGAAGAGUUUGAUUUUGUCUAAGGAAAGCAUCAUGUUGUGUGUAAUGGAAACAUAAAGCAAGCACAAAUAAACACACCUACACUUGCAGCAAGGCUUUGAAAUGUCAUGAUACGUAAAGGACACGUGGGACUGUGUCAUCAGCAUGGUAAUAUGCACUCCAGUUAAAUACCAUAAACAGGUUUGGGCACCACACAAACUGCGAGUUGUCUUGUUGGUGCUUACUGACACUGAAGUGACCUGCAACACAGUGAAUAUGGCAUCACUGUCACUCAGCUCUGGCCUUAACAAGAGUGUGCGUCAGCAGUACCUGAACCUGCCGCAGGGAGGGAAGUGCCAGGUUACCUACAUCUGGAUCGACGGAACCGGAGAGGAUCUUCGCGGCAAGACCCGAACCCUGGACAGUGAACCAGAAAGCAUAGAAGAUAUCCCUGAAUGGAACUUUGAUGGCUCGAGCACGUACCAGGCCGACGGCGCCAACAGUGACAUGUACCUCAUCCCGGUCCGCAUGUUCAGGGAUCCAUUCACCCUCGACCCCAACAAACUGGUCCUCUGUGAGGUCCUCAAACAUGACCGUUCAACUGCAGAGUCUAACCAUCGAGCUAGCUGCAACAAAGUGAUGGAGAAGGUUAAAGAGCACUGCAUUUGGUUUGGUAUGGAGCAGGAGUACACACUCUAUGGAACAGAUGGACAUCCUUUUAGCUGGCCUGCACGUGGAUUCCCAGGACCCCAGGGCCCUUACUACUGUGGGGUGGGGGCGAACAAUGCUUAUGGACGGGACAUUGUGUUGUGUCACUACAAGGCCUGCCUCUAUGCAGGGGUCAAAAUCUGUGGCACCAAUGCUGAAGUUAUGCCAUCUCAGUGGGAAUUCCAGGUGGGACCCUGUGAGGGCAUUGAGAUGGGCGAUCACCUGUGGGUUGCACGCUAUCUGCUUCACCGUGUGUGUGAAGAUUUUGGCAUUGUUGCAAGUCUGGAUCCCAAACCAAUGACAGGCAACUGGAACGGUGCUGGUUGCCACACGAAUGUCAGCACCAAGCAGAUGAGGGAAGAAGGAGGGAUGCAGUAUAUUGAGCAGGCCAUCGAGAGACUGGGCAGAAGACACAGCGAGCACAUCCGCGUGUAUGACCCUCGUGGAGGCCAGGACAACAUGAGACGCCUCACGGGUCUCCACGAAACCUCCAGCAUCAACGACUUCUCCUCCGCAGUGGCGAACCGCGGCGCCAGCAUCCGCAUCCCUCGCCAGGUGGGCCAGGAUCAGAGAGGGUACUUCGAGGACCGGCGCCCUGCGGCAAACUGCGACCCGUACGCCGUGACGAAGGCCAUCGCGCGCACCUGCCUGCUGGAUUCAGAGGAGGAAGAGGAGUAGGUGCAGAAAGGUGCAGCCUGCACCUGUCUAUGUACAAUACUUAAUAAUAUUCUGAUAUGUGAGUUCAGCUGAGUUAGACUCAAAACACCUCCAUGCAAGAUGAGAGAAUUAAUGAAUGGUUACUGUGGUUUCUAUAUUUAUUGAUCUAAGUUAUUGUAGACACCCACGUGCACAGACAGCUACUUCUCCGUCACUGUGACCGUAACUGUCCUUAGAAAAGAGAAAUGGAAUAUUUUGCACAGCAGCUUGGUCAGAACAGUUCUGAACCUACAUGCAUCAAAAUAUGAAUAAUUAUUUCUCAAAACUUACAUUAGUUGUGUUCGUUUGAAAUAAAGACUUGGUGCUAUA